AGAGACCCCCAGAACAUGGACCGAGUGACCAGAUACCCCAUCUUUGGCAACCCCCACUCACCCCGCGUGGCCGGAGUGGCCUUCGAUGGUGACACCAGCUACACGUUUGAGGUGGUGGGCGUGGGGUCCGUAGCCAGGGGCUGGGGCCGGGAUGAGCCACCGGCAUGGCCUGCUGGCCACGAGGCCUCUCUGGAAGUGGUGCGGACGGGGACGUCCCGCAGCCCGUGUGCCUUCCCCGGCCGGCUGGCCCCGUGGCCGCCCUGCCCAGAGGAUGAGGAGGAUGAGGAGGUGAAGACCUACUACCUGGAGGCCAGGGACACCCCGCCCUGGCAGCCACAGGACCUGGAGCGGGAGCGUCAGGCGGUCAUUCAGGGCCAGGCAGUCAGGAAGAGUGGCACAGUGGCCACACUCCGUGGCGCCCCUGACCACGGGGAGCCCAGGAGCCCCGGCCGACCGCAGUCCAUGCCCCUGGAGGAGAAUGUGAUCGACAGGGAGCAGAUCGAUUUCCUGGCAGCCAGGCGGCAGUUCCUGAGCCUGGAGCAGACACAGCCCCCACCCAGGGCGGCCCACCCCGGUGCAGGGGCUCCUCGGAACCAACCCGGGGCCAGCCAGGCCUCCAAGGCCCUGAACGGGCUACCCUUGGCCAAUGGGCAUGCCAUUCCAGUCAAGCCUCAGGCGAAGGAGGCGGUCGCAGAAGAGGAAAGGGUCCACGGGUUGCCUACCAGGUCUGGUGCCCAAGCACUGGACCGCCCCGGUUCCCAGUCCCAAGAGGGGUCCCCAGAGCCCCCCAAGGAGACGCCCAUCGAGCGGGAAAUCCGGCUGGCCCAGGAGCGGGAGGCAGACCUCCGAGAGCAGAGGGGGCUGCGGCGGGCGGCCAGCCACCAGGAGCUGGUGGAGAUCCCCGCCAGGCCGCUGCUCAGCACGGUGAGCCUGAGCGCGGCCCCGCGGCGGGACAGGGGGCGCCCGUCGCUCUACGUGCAGCGGGACAUCGCUCAGGAGUCGCAGCGCGAGCAGGACCACCGGCGGGAAGGCCUGCAGGUGGGCCGGGCGUCCACGCCCGACUGGUCCUCCGAAGGCCCCCAGCCCCUCCUCAGGAGGGUCCACAGCUCAGACUCCAUCCUCAGCCCGACCCCAGACGCCAGCGUGGCCAGCCCCGCGCCAGAGGCGAGGAAGGUGAACCGCCUCCCACCUGAUGCCUACCAGGCGUACCUGAGACCCCAGACGCCCCCGGGCGCGUCCCCAGCCUUCCCCACCUACGGCAAGCCCCGCGGUCUCUCUGCAGACCAGGCCCGGCCUGUGGGCUCUGCGAAGGCCGCAGGGUCUCAGAAGCAUGCUUCGGAAUCCUCUGGAAAGCCUUCAGGCACAAAGCGGGAGGCUUCCCGGGGACCCCUGCGCACCAGCGGGGGUGUCGUGCGAUGGGAGUACUUCCGCCUGCGUCCCCUGCGGUUCGGUGUCCCAGAUGAGCCUGAGGAAGCUGAGGCCCCCCGCGUCUGGGGCUGGGAGGUGGCCGGGGCCCCGGCGCUGAGGCUGCAGAAGUCCCGGUCGUCUGAGCUGCUGGAGAGGGAGGUGGAGCGCGUCCUGCGGCGGGAGCGGGAGGUGGCCGAGGAGCGGCGGAGCGCUCUGUACCCUGCGGUCUUCUCCCCGCCGCCCGACGAGUGCUGCGGCCGGGACUCCAGGAGCUCCUCCCGCGCGUCCGGCAUCGCGGGCAGCGACUCGGUGUCGGAGUCACACUAUUUCAUCCCCAUCCACACGCACUCGGGCCUGGUGUGGGCAGCAGAGGCCCCCCCCGAGGACGCUCCCGGGCAGAGAAAGAAGAAUGGGCAGUGGUAUGCCGGCAUCAACCCCUCGGACCAUGUCAACUCAGAGGUCUUGGAGGCCACACGGGUGACCCGCCACAAGAACGCCAUGGCGCAGCGCUGGGAAGCCCGGAUCUAUGCCAGCGAGGAUGAGGACUGA